AUGUCCAGUGAGUUGCAGCCCAGCUCGAGGCCGGACGACAGUCCCAACACCAGUGGAGGCAGCUGGGACACAGAGCAGAGAGAGGUGGCCCCUCUGAGUCAGGAGCAGGCUCAGGAGAGGGAUCAGACAACGCCCAAGAAGAAAGAGGCCAAGAUAUCCAGCAAGACCGCUGCCAAGCUCUCCACCAGCGCCAAGAGGUAGAGCUGUAAUUCUCUCUAUUCUGUAGGUUGUGUAAUUACGUGUCCUUGAUGGUCUUGUUCAAAUACAAUAGGCAGGUAGCGUAUUUAUGUUUUUUGUGGAAUUUCUUUGGACUACACAGUAUAUACUGUACAUGCACCAUUCUGAGCCAAGAAUGUACUUCAUAAACAGUAUAAUACGGAGAUGAUAUUGACUCAGAUGCACCUUGAAGCAGUGGGUUUAUUAUAACCAUCAAUGGGUUAUUAUGAAAUUCAAUGGUCUGUGGGACAUAAAAAAAAUAAAAGUGUUGGUGUCACAGAGAGAGUGCCCAUGGAUGCGUGAACAUGAGCGAGGGAGGCCUGCAUGUUCUGUAAUUGGUCCAUUUCCCCCUGGAUUCCCUCGUUCAUUCCCUCGUUUAUUCCUCCCUCCAUCCUUUCUUAACAGCCUGCAGCCUCACCAGGUAAAAUAUGCCACCUCAGGAGAAAAUACUGUAGAUGAAAUUACAGAGCGUACUGUGCAUUCAAGCCUGGGAACAACUUACUCCAUAACUGUGGUGAAUGUAUUACAGUUAUACAGCCACUUGCAGAAAUAUGUAUUUUCCCACUGUCUGUACUGAAUAGUAGGGCACAAUGAUUUACCCUCAGUCGCCUCUCAUCAUGAACCAGAGAGUUUAUUAUUAAUACAAGCACACACAGAGGAGAUGAGGGGAUCUGCUGUCGUUUGUUCUGCCCUUGCUCACUCGCUCUAUGAGGUGUGGUGCCUACCUGUCAGCACUCGUGUGUGUGUGUGUGUGUGUGUGUGUAUGCGUGCGCACACCUCCGUGGUGUGGCAUUUGGAGAGGAACGAGGGAACGAGUCGACAGGGAUGACAGGUGAAAUUAACAAAAGGACCACCUGAGGUUCUCUCCCGCUCUGAGCGGUGAUGGUAGUGGUGUAGUGGUGGUGAACGGUGGGGUGCCAUUUCUACUGAUGUUGUGACGCUUCCCUAUCUCCUGAUAUUGGAAGGCUGCUUGUCGUUGUCCUCCCCCAUGGCUGCAGCUGUCUAUUUGUAUUGCUCAUCUUGCAGAUAGUAACAACAGUUGUUGCGAGCAUUGUGAAUAGAUGAUUUAGGGCCAGGGGCCGUAUGAAGCGUCUCAGACUAGGAUCAGUUUUAGAUCAUAAUGAAUCAGAUUGUUAUGGACAGGGAGGACCUCAUUUACAUCAACACCCCUACUCUGAGACGCUUUAUACAUUCAGGAACCAGGCUUAUAUUUCAAAAUCUGUAGGUUUAUGAAUAUUAAUGCGAGUAGAAGGGUUUGGAAGCAAAAUUAUUUUCCAAUCGUUUAGUUCUGAACAGAACUAUUCUUUUUUCGUUCUGUUCCACUGUGCCGAACAGAAAAAUAAAGAUCUGAACCAGUUCGAACGGUUUAUAUUGUUCCUUUCUGCUCCUUUUUAAACCUCUGAAAUCAACAUGAAAUGACUUCACCAAUCAGUGCGAAUAGAGCAGCAAGCUAUAACUAGUUGUUUACAUACAUUGGACAGACAAGUGUAGGGUGCGAGGUGCGACUGAAAUGUUGCGGGUGGGGAGAAAGCGAGAGAUGGUGGAGGAGGAGGCUUGGCUUGAAGCACUGGGCAUCUUGUUAUGACAUGCAUUAUCUGAAUUAGGCCCACAGAAUUAUACCUACGGAGGAGCGACUUCUAUGAAUGAACUUUGAAUGUCUUUGAACUUCCAAGAGAAUAAGCUUGUGUGUGCAGAGUGGCAACACAAUUAAAAUAAAAACAUGUCUUACCUUUUUGUUGUUAAUAAAUCCAAUGUGAAACGGGAUAACUAUAGUAUCCUUCAUUAUUAUUGAAAAAGUUUAUCCAUUCUUCUCUAAUUAAAGAUCUCUCUCCCUAAUUUCUCAAUCACGUUUUUAACGUCAGUAGGCACACACACUGCUAAAGAUUUUCAGCUGGCAGGCAGACACUGGAAUAAGUUUCUGAGUGACAGAGUGAGGGCUUUGCAUAGGUGCUUUGUUGCGUUUUUUGUGGACCUGGGGAAAAAAUGGCAAUAACGUUAUUAACCGGUUCCCAUGCUUUUAAAAGAACGCGGAACAGUAGAGAUCACUUUCGAGAGAGAGAGAGAGAGAGAGAGACAGAGAGAGAGAGAGAGAGAUAGAGAGAGAAGAGAGAGAGAGAGAGAGAGAGAGAGAGAGAAGAAGAGAAGAGAGAUAGAGAUGAGAGAUGAGACCGAUAGAUGCUAGAGAGCUCUCUCUCUCUCUCUCUCUCUCUUCUCUAUCUCGUCUCUCGUCUCUCUCUCUUCUCUCUCUCUCUCGCUCUCUCUCUCUCUCUCCUGCUCUCUCUCCUCUCUCAUGAGAGAGAGAGAGUGUCUAUAAUACACCGGCUAGCUAGUAUGUCGCGUGUGUGUGUAUGGCAUUACGUAUAUAUAAUCUGUGUGUAAUGUAUAUAAAGUGUGUGUGUAUAACAUGUGUGUUCCUCCUUAUUCCCCAGGAUUCAGAAGGAGCUGGCUGAGAUAACCUUGGACCCGCCACCUAACUGCAGGUAGAAGCUUGUUCAUUGUCUGUUUUAUGACGGUCUGUGCUUGAGUGUUUGUGUGUGCACGUCUUUGUGCGUAAGCCUGUUCAUUGUCUGUGUUGCGCCUGUUUUAUGUAUCUGUGACACCUGAGGCACUCUGUUAGUCUGUGCUAUGCAUGGCGGAGAAGGAAAGGGGAUUGUGAAGGUGCUGUGCUGGCUGAGUCAGUCAGAUGAACGGUAUACAGAUAGGUACAUUACUGCGGUGCUGCCUGCAUUUACAAUGCCAUUUGUCUGUUUGUUGGGCUGACUGUGAGAUUAAACGACCUAUUCAGAGAUGUGCGAGUGGUGAGUCACAGCAAAAGUAGAAAGAGAAGUGAUUGACCUGAUUGGCCAGCAAGUUCACUACUGGGAUCACUUUGCUGGGAUCACUCUAGUAAUGUUGCUUGCCGCUGCCACGUUUGCUCCGACUCCUGCGGCUGGGAAAGGCACUCGUUCAACUUUUCAAUGCACAAACACACUAGCUGAGCAUUUAUCGUUUAUUUUACACUAAGUCAUAGUGGUGGGGGGCCACGAUGCUACAACACACACCUGUCAAUCAAGGGUUUCUGUGGGUUUUCAUUGUGUGGGUCUGUUGUUGGAGAGAGCUGAAAAAGGUGAAGGUGUGGGUGAUUGAGAGAAAAUCAACUUCACGACUAAAACCACUCCCGUGACGGUUCUAAAACCAUUUCCCCCUGGAGCGUUAGAGUGUGUGUGUAACCCUCAGCCCCAGAUACGGAGAAUCUCAAUGAAGCAUGCUAUUAUAUUCACUGACAAAGGGCUAAAGGGAGACGGGGGAAAAUUGAUUUCAGACAUUUGUUUUGAAAAUGACAUUUGUAUGAAAACAGGUUAUUUGAAGAAUGUCCAUUCUGAAAUCAGUUUCAUGACGAAUGGAUUCACUUAGGCGUCAGGCAGCGGCAGUUUGGUCACCCCAGAGAUGUGUGUGUGUUUGAGAUGAGUGAAGAAUUGGCCACAGACUGCUGGACUAUCUUUCAGUACAGAGCACUGUGAGGGAGCUCUGACACACUUGAGUUGUAGAUUUCUGUAUUGAAUCCCCUUGGGGUGUUUGGUUCAUUCCUACCAAAACAGGCCCAAGCUCCCCUCCAAGUCUUCUAUAAACCCAUGUGGAGUUUUCUAGUGUUUGGUUUGUAAAUGCUGACACAACAAUAUAACACUUCAACAUGCAUUUUGUGAGAUAAAAGCAAUGAGCGUGAAUAAUAUUUUUCAUAUAUGGAUGUAAUACCCCAUUAGGAUCAUUUAUGGUAGCCUACGCAGUACAUUAGAGGAUAUGAGGCUAAUUUCCUCUUGGUUUGUGCUGUAUUCCUUUAAUAGUGCUACGAGUAGAAACAUCCACCAUCUGUUUAUCAAAGGCUGUGUGUGUUCUGCCUGCCCUCACCGACUAAUUGAUGUGACAACAGUGUUAAACGUCUCUGUAGAGGAGGACGGGGCGGGUGAGAGGUGUGAGAUGUGAGGGAGUGGACACUGUAGGACACACAGCUCAUUAGCUUCUCUUUGUUUUUCCUCCAUCCUUUCUUCUCCUUCGGCAGCGAAACGCUUCUGCUCUUCCUCCUCAUUUCAAUAAAACAUUCUCUCGCUUUCUUGCGUUCUCCCUUUCUUUCUCUCACCCCACCCUCAGUCUGUUUUUUAUCCCUAUUUUAACGAGAGGAGAGGGAGUAGUGAUGCUUUCCCCUUGGGAAAAUAAAACAGAUCAAACUUUCAUCGAAAAGGGUCUCAUUUGAAGAACGUAUUUGGCAACAUGUUGAAAGGAAGCAGGCCAAGCAGGAAGGAUGUGGAGGAUAUAUUAUGGGAUGCUAUGGGGAUAUUUUCUCUUGUUUAAUCAUCUUUGUCAGCUGAGCAGAGAGUAAUUAAUUGAAUGUGACAAGCACUCUGCAAGGCUAUGUAAAUACCCCCUCAACAGACACAUUAUAUUGCCUCACUGCUCAACACGCCUUUUUACCUCUGUGUGUGUGUGUGUGUGUGUGUGUGUGUGUGUGUGUGUGUGUGUUUGUUAAUUACCAUAUCCUUUCAUGAUGGUCCUGGCAGCGUUUUGAUAAGAAUCCCCCGUUGGCAGAAGGAAACAAUGUGGAUCCCUUGGCAGAUUGGCCAUGCUUUCUUUCUUUCUUUCUUUCUUUCUUUCUUUCUUUCUUUCUUUCUUUCUUUCUUUCUUUCUUUCUUUCUUUUCUUUCUUCCUCCCACUCUCUGCCACUACUCCCCUCUCUUUCUCUCUAUCCCUCCCUCCUUCCCUCCAUUCCUCCAUAAUCCCAGGAACAUUGUGUGCUAGCGUGUUGUUCCAGAGUAAUUCAUUCUAAAUGAAGACCAGUAAUCAUCUCCAGACAUCACAGUGGUGACUGAUGAAGUGAUGAGGUGGAAUAGAAGGUAUUGAUGCGUAUCGUAACGGGGAACUACAGAAGGAGAAAAUAUCUAAUUCCACACUGUGAUUAUCAGGGCGGUGGUAAUGUGUGAUUGACUAAUACAUGCCUCAAUUUGCUUGGCAAUGUAAUUGACUUACAGCAGUCUCUCUCCCGGUUUCAGACAUAAUCCAAUAUGAGCAUUCAGAUGUGAUUAUUAUCAUCUUGUGUAUAUAUACUGUAGAUGAAGAUGGUACAGAAGGCUGGAAACGGCUUGGUUAGCUUUUUCAGAGAUAGGCAAAGACUUGACGAAGACCUAAGGCUGGAAACAAUAUCAAUAAAGCAUAGGGGAGGCAGGAAGCAUACAUCCCAGUGUGCAGAGUCUUUUUAACCCUUUGCUGAGCUUUUUCAGAGAUACACAGAUUUCAUACAUAACAUGAACAGAGGCUGCUGUGGAGCCCUCCUGUUUCUGGGUCUGAGUGAUGUGAGGUGAGGUGAAGGUCACCUGUGUUUUCUGGCAAGAGGUUGUUAACCAGUCUUUGUCUAGGCUGAGUAGAGGGCUGUCUGACCUUGUAGUGCUUCUACUAAAGGCGUCCUCAACUGUAGGGAUUCUUCAAUAAAGUCUUUGUUGUCGUUUAAUGAGAGAAGACUUGUUUUUUCAUGCAUAUUUUUUUCAUUGAGAAAUACUGCACCAAACAUCUGAGUUAGAUGUAAAAUUGUGCGACUAAGAUAUCCUCGGCAAAAACGUAAAAAUUUAUGACAGAUUUCUUGAGUUGUCGUAGAUUAAUUCGGACUAUUUUGAGGAACUGUAUACUGCCUACGGCGUCUCAAAUAGGACAAACAGUACUAUUGCCUCUUCUUUCUUGUUUUCAAGCAAAGGUCUUUUAAGGGAGUAUGCGAGAACACUCGUUUGGUUCGGCUAGCCGACUUCCGCUAGCCACCAGCCGAACUGAAGCAUGCUGAUGCCUUGAGGGAGGAGAGGACAGAGGAAAGAGAAGAGGGAGGAGAGGACAGAGGGAGGAGAGGAGAGGAGGGAGGGGAGAGGAGGGUGGAAAGGAUGAGGGAUGGAGAAGUAGGGAGGGGUAUUGGGGAGGUAUUCCCGCUGACAAGGAAGAAGGAGAGGAGGGGAGGGGGGAGGGAGGCUAGAGGAUGUUCUUUUUUCUUUCCUUUGGCGCGGAUCUUCGUCGUUUCUUCCUGCUCUUCGCUUCUCUUUUGCUUGAGAGAGCUUUGGAUUUGCUCUUUUUCUCUUCCUUUUUUCGUUCCGUACAGAGGAGGAGCAUGGAAGUUUUGGUUUUCGUUAGAGGAGGGUUGCUGUCACGGUUGUCGGUUGGCGGGAGGAUCGGACCGAGGGGGAGGAGGGUGGAGAAGACAGAGGGGGCUUAGAAUAGAACAGGAAGUCAGUGUUUUGAUUAUCAGAGGGGGGAGAAGGGGGGUUCUGAUUGGUGUGGUGUAGUAGCAAUAUGUCACAUUCCAUGUCUCUGGCACUCAUCAUACAUACCAAACAGUCAUUUGAACUGCUCUCAGGUGGAAAGUGGUAUACAUGUAUAAAUAGAACACACUCGCAUAUCAACAUGAUCAAGUGUUGCUUUUAUUAAAAACUGUCAGUAUAAGAAUUGAAUAUGAAGAGUGUUUACUUGGCAGAUAGUGAAUGAGUGGAGUCUGUUAUUGAGUCCUGCGUACGGCUGCCAGUCAGCUAUUUCUUCAGGUCAAUUCAUAUUAAUUGAGUUUUUAUGGCUAAAACAAAAAACCAGCAGCAAGCCAACCAGGCAAUCCCAGAGUCAACAGGGAGACUAAAAGUUCAAGCACUUAGUCGUUUUUAACGAGAGAAGAACAUCAUUGUAAAAAUGACUCUGUCAGCCACCCAGAGAGAGAGAGAGAGAGAGCAUUAGAGAGUGCUAGAGAAAGAGAGAUGAAUUAAACAGUCAAUUUGGUAGCAUUGGAGUGCAAAUGCUAUUGUUAUGAUAUGCUUAGCAUUCCACGUUCCACAUCAUUGGGCUCGCUCUCUCAGCUAAGAGGAUAGGAUGUUAUUGCCAGAGAAUUCUAAUAGAAUUCCAUCAGAGGGAGUAAUAUGUCACCACAAAUCCAUGAAUAAGUAACAUGUUUUAAAUGGUUUUUAUGACUCUUCAUGGAAAGUCUCAUGGGGUGCUUUAUGUCUAGAGAGUUCAAGGGGAUGUUUGGAGACUAGCCUCUCCUUUUGGUUGUACCAGUCUCUUUUAUUUGAAUUUGGAGGGGAGGGGAGAGAGGGAGAGAAUGUAGUCAUAGUUCCAUCUGGUCCACAGAAGCCAAGAGAGGCCCAGGGAGAUUCCUCCACUUGCUGUGAGCUCACACUAUGGAUCUAAUUACCCUCAGCUGGGUGUAGGGCCUUUCUCUUCUUUGCUCUUCUGUUCUCUUUUCACAGACACGCUACAUGUCUUUAUCUUCUCUCACACUCUUCACUCCCCCGCUAUGCUUCUUCUCACACGCUACAGAUCCUAAUUUCACCAUUAUCAUUUCUAAUUCACCAAUCUCCUUGCUUGCCUUUAUGUCUGUCUGCUCUGCCGUUAGACACAGCUGAUUUAAAGCCUGGCUCUGACGAAAGGGAGUUAUGUGACUGAUGUCACCAGUGUUGUUAUGAGAGAUGCUCAUCGUGUCUCUGUGUUGGGUGAGUGAUUAGCCCCUCAUUAACAGGCUGCCUGCAGUAUCCUUUGGUAGUCCAUGUACACACACACACAUCAUCAUCAUUUUAUUGGCCACAGAGUCAUAUUUGGCUUAUACUGUCUACUUGUAAAAGUGUGUGUAUUGAGGAAAUGAUUACAGGCUGAGGUAGAGAAAGAAGGUAACAGAGCACACUUGAUGAUAGUAGUCUAAAUGUAUAGAGCCAUUUCUGUUGUCAACUAUCUGGCUUCCCCACUGGCUUUAACAGCCAAAAUCUCAACACAGCGAUAAACACACAGCAAGAUGACUAAGGCUGUCCUGGCUGGGCGUCUCUCUCUAUAUCUGCCUCUGUUGUUGUUGUUACAGCUGUACUCAACAAACCAGUUGCGAGGGUAGAUGGACAGAGGCGUGCUGCCUCCCGGCCGAGCAAUGCCAGCAACGUCCCUGUACUGUGACAUAAUACAUGGCUCCUGGACGGGAGAGCAGGCUGGAGGGAAGGCACAGUACGGAUGGAUCAAAUAAAAUCAAAAUGUAUUUGUCACUGUCAAGAUGUCAAUGUGAUGCGGUAGGAUGAAGUCAGGCGCAGGACACAGAGCUAAUCGAAAACGUACUUUACUCAUAGGUAACGUAAAAAACAUAACCUCCACGCAGGGAGGAAACAAACCCGCUCACCAGACGACAACCAAACAUGAACAAACACGCACAGCAUACAGUGGGAGCCAGAGGGUUAAAUAGGGAAGUAAUCAAUACCUAAUGGGAACCAGGUGUGAACAAUAAAGACAAGACAAGUAGAACACAGAAACAUAGAUCGGCAGCAGCUAGUACUCCGGUGACGACGAACGCCGAAGCCUGCCCGAGCAAGGAGGAGGAGCAGCCUCGGCUGAAUCCGUGACAGUCACAUGCUUCGUAAACAACAGGUGUAGACUAACAGUGAAAUGCUUACAUACAGGUCCUUUCAAACAAUGCAGAGAAAGAUAAAAAUAAUAAAUAGAAGUAGUGACACAAGGAAUAAGUAACUAAUAACUAAUAAAAAUAACCAGUAAAACAUGGCUAUAUACAGGGAGUACCAGUACCGAGUCGAUAUGAUAAAAUGGUCAGGUCUGUUUUCUUAGUGAACCGAGGUCUAAAACUGACGUGUGGUUUUAGCAAUAGUGCUCAGAGGGCCUGAAUGCACCCAGGCUACUUGUACCCAUGCAUAUCCCACAAUAUAUGCCACCAGAGGUCUCUUCACAAUCCCCAAGUCAAGAACAGACUAUGGGAGGCGCACAGUACUAUGUAGAGCCAUGGCUACAUGGAAUUCUAUUCCACGUCAGGUAACUGAUGCAAGCAGUAGAAUCAGAUUUUAAAAAACAGAUAAAAAUACACGUUAUGGAACAGCGGGGACUGUGAAGAGACACACACACAGGCACAAACACACGCAUACACAUACACGUGAUAAGACACGCACUCUGCACACACGUACACAUUGAUUUUGUAUUGUAGAUAUGUGGUAGUAGAGUAGUGGCCUGAGGGAACAUACUUAAUGUGUUGUGAAAAGUGUUAUGAAGUGUAAUGUGAUGUAAUACACUGCUCAAAAAAAUUAAGGGAACACUUAAACAACACAAUGUAACUCCAAGUCAAUCACACUUCUGUGAAAUCAAACUGUCCACUUAGGAAGCAACACUGAUUGACAGUAAAUUUCACAUGCUGUUGUGCAAAUGGAGUAGACAACAGGUGGAAAUUAUAGGCAAUUAGCAAGACACCCCCAAUAAAGAAGUGGUUCUGCAGGUGGUGACCACAGACCACUUCUCAGUUCCUAUGCUUCCUGGCUGAUGUUUUGGUCACUUUUGAAUGCUGGCGGUGCUUUCACUCUAGUGGUAGCAUGAGACGGAGUCUACAACCCACACAAGUGGCUCAGGUAGUGCAGCUCAUCCAGGAUGGCACAUCAAUGCGAGCUGUGGCAAGAAGGUUUGCUGUGUCUGUCAGCGUAGUGUCCAGAGCAUGGAGGCGCUACCAAGAGACAGGCCAGUACAUCAGGAGACGUGGAGGAGGCCGUAGGAGGGCAACAACCCAGCAGCAGGACCGCUACCUCUGCCUUUGUGCAAGGAGGAGCAGGAGGAGCACUGCCAGAGCCCUGCAAAAUGACCUCCAGCAGGCCACAAAUGUGUCUGCUCAAACGAUCAGAAACAGACUCCAUGAGGGUGGUAUGAGGGCCCGACGUCCACAGGUGGGGGUUGUGCUUACAGCCCAACACCGUGCAGGACGUUUGGCAUUUGCCAGAGAACACCAAGAUUGGCAAAUUCGCCAUUGGCGCCCUGUGCUCUUCACAGAUGAAAGCAGGUUCACACUGAGCACAUGUGACAGACGUGACAGAGUCUGGAGACGCCGUGGAGAACGUUCUGCGGCCUGCAACAUCCUCCAGCAUGACCGGUUUGGCGGUGGGUCAGUCAUGGUGUAGGGUGGCAUUUCUUUGGGGGGCCGCACAGCCCUCCAUGUGCUCGCCAGAGGUAGCCUGACUGCCAUUAGGUACCGAGAUGAGAUCCUCAGACCCCUUGUGAGACCAUAUGCUGGUGCGGUUGGCCCUGGGUUCCUCCUAAUGCAAGACAAUGCUAGACCUCAUGUGGCUGGAGUGUGUCAGCAGUUCCUGCAAGAGGAAGUCAUUGAUGCUAUGGACUGGCCCGCCCGUUCCCCAGACCUGAAUCCAAUUGAGCACAUCUGGGACAUCAUGUCUCGCUCCAUCCACCAUAUUUUUUUGAGCAGUGUAUUUAAAAUUGUAAAUAACUGCCUUAAUGUUGCUGGACCCCAGGAAGAGUAGCUGCUGCCUUGGCAGGAACUAAUGGGGAUCCUUAAUAAAUACAAAUACUGCACAAUAAUAGACUUCACAGUCUUACUCAGUCGUACUGUAGAAAUAGACUUCACAGAGUUACUCAGUCGUACUGUAGAAUAGACUUCACAGAGUUACUCAGUCGUACUGUAGAAUAGACUUCACAGAGUUACUCUGUCGUACUGUAGAAUAGACUUCACAGAGUUACUCAGUCGUACUGUAGAAUAGACUUCACAGAGUUACUCAGUCGUACUGUAGAAUAGACUUCACAGAGUUACUCAGUCGUACUGUAGAAUAGACUUCACAGAGUUACUCAGUCGUACUGUAGAAUAGACUUCACAGAGUUACUCAGUCGUACUGUAGAAUAGACUUCACAGAGUUACUCAGUCGUACUGUAGAAAUAGACUUCACAGAGUUACUCAGUCGUACUGUAGAAAUAGACUUCACAGAGUUACUCAGUAGUACUUUAGAAAUAGACUUCCUGUCACGACUUCCUCCGAAGCUGCCUCCCCUCCUUGUUCGGGCAGGCUUCAGCGUUCGUUGUCACCGGCCUACUAGCCACUGCCGCUGCAUAUCUCAUCAUUCCAUUUGUCUUGUCUUGUCAAUUACACACACCUGGUUCAUAUCCCCUCAUUAGUACAUGUAUAAGUGUUCCCUCUGCCCCCCUUGUCCUUGUGGGUGAUUGUUAUUUGUGAGUUUAGUGUAGCUCGGUUGAGUUACCCAUACCUUGUAUUUCCAGGGAUAUUGUUCCCUGUGUGCCUGUAUUUUGUUGACGCUAUCCAGCGUAACUGUGUCCUACGGAUUAAACUCUGUAUUCUGUGAUUUACCCUCCUGCGCCUGAUUCCUUCAAAUCACAUUCUCACACUUCCAAGCGUUACUCAGUCGUACUGUAGAAAUAGACUUUACAGCAUUACUCAGUUGUACUGUAGAAAGAAACUAAACAGCGUUCUCCAGAUCACCCUGUAAUGUGCUCCAGUCAGCAGACAUAAUGCCAGAGAAUCCGUGGGAAUGAUGACGAUGUUCUUAUUGCUCAGAGCCUGUGUUCCAACCUACAGUAUCCUCCCAUAUACUACUGGCAGCUCCAGCCUCUCGUGCUGCUUUGCCCUCUAACAUGAAUAAAGCCACAUUUGAAUGGAGAGCAAUGUUUCAAGGCACUGUAGUUCUGCUUUGGUGAGUGUAUGGACUCCGGACUCCAGACAGAGGUCACCUUUCCACCAGCUGCAGCUGUAUUGAACCUAUGGGAGACAUUCCUACCAGGACACACACACAUACACACACACACACACCACAGUGGGAAAUGCUAGGAUCCUCUCUAGUCACUGGUCUCAUUUUCAUGAGACCGUCCUCCUCCACACUGUAAAUGGCUGGUUCAUUGUCUCCAUGCCUGCCUAGGUUUAGCUUUCCAGCUAACGUGGCUGUGAUAGGAUUCCAGGAUUCAACACCCGGGCUGUUGAAUUCUUAAUGUGCCCUUUAUGCUGUUACACUUCCCCUUUAAAGCCCAGUAACCCUUAAUGGCAAGAUGGCGCCGACAGACAUGGAAGCUCUGCUUCUAGCACCUAAGAAACUUUGCAGUAUUUUGUUUUUUUUGUGUGUUAUUUCUUACAUUAUUAGCCCAGAAAGUUUUUUGUGUUAUUACAUACAGCCGGAAAGAAGUUUGGAUAUCAGAACGGCGGUAACUCACCAGCAUUACGACCAGGAAUACGACUUUCCCGAAUUGGAUCCUUUGUUCGUACCCCCCAGGGCAAUUUAACUUAUACCAGAGGCUGCUCCAAGACGCCGCCAGCGGAGAAGAUGUAUUCGGAGUGGACUUCCAGUCCGACUCAGGAGGCGGGCACACCAUCCACCGCUUCCGAGUAUAUUACUUGCUAAUGUUCAGUCUCUGGACAAUAAUAUAAUAAUAAUAAUAUGCCAUUUAGCAGACGCUUUUAUCCAAAGCGACUUACAGUCAUGCGUGCAUACAUUUUUACGUAUGGGUGGUCCCAGAGAGACAUCAGGGACUGUAAAAUACUCUGUUUCACGGAAUCAUGGCUCUCUCAGGAUAUACUGUCCCCGUCCAUACAGCCAGCUGGGUUCUCAGUUCAUCGCGCAGACAGGAAUAAAGAACUCUCCGGGAAAAAGAUAGGCGGGUGUCACGUUCGUUUAAUGACGGGUCAGACCAAGGCGCAGCGUGAUAUGCAUGCAUGUUUAUUUUAACUGAAUAAACACCACGACAAUAAACGAAACGAAACGUGAAGUCCAAGGUAGUACAGAAAACAAACCUUACACGGAACAAGAUCCCACAACAAGACAGUGCCAAUAGGCUGCCUAAGUAUGGUCCCCAAUCAGAGACAACGAGCGACAGCUGCCUCUGAUUGGGAACCACACCAGCCAACAUAGAACUAGACAUACUAGAUCCUAUACAUAGAAAAGGCACAACAAGAAAUAUACACACCCUGACUCAACAUAUAAGCGUCCCCUGAGUCAGGGCAUGACAGCGGGGGUGUAUGUUCAUGAUUAACUACUCAUGGUGUGAUUGUGAUAACAUACAGAAACUCAAGUCCUUUUGUUCACCCAACCUAGAAUACUUCACAAUCAAAUGCCGACCGUAUUACCUCCGAAGAGAAUUCUCUUCUGUUAUUGUCACAGCCGUGUAUAUUCCCCCUCAAGCCAAUACCACGAUGGCCCUCAAGGAAUUACACUGGACUAUGCAAACUGGAAACCACAUAUCCUGAGGCCGCAUUUAUUGUAGCUGGGGAUUUUAACAAAGCAAAUUUGAGGAAAAAGCUUCCGAAAUUCUAUGAACACAUUGACUGUAGUACUCGCUUAAGAAAAACACUAGACCACUGCUACUCACCUUUUCGAGAUGCCUACAAAUCAGAUCAUGACUCCAUUUUGCUCCUCCCUUCCUAUAGGCAGAAACUCAAACAGGAAGUACCCGUGCUAAGGUCUAUUCAAUGCUGGUCUGACCAAUCGGAAUCCAUGCUUCAAGAUUGACUUGAUCACGCGGACUGGGAUAUGUUCCGGGUAACCUCUGAGAAUAACAUUGAUGUUUACACGGACACGGUGACUGAGUUCAUCAGGAAGUGUAUAGGGGAUGUUGUUCCCACAGUGACUAUUAAAACCUACCCAAACCAGAAACCGUGGAUAGAUGGCAGCAUUCGCACAAAACUGAAAGCGCGAACCACCACAUUUAACCAGGGCAAGGUGAGUGGGAAUAUGGUUGAAUACAAACAGUGUAGUUAUUCCCUCUGUAAGGCAAUCAAACAGGCAAAACAUCAGUACAGAGACAAAGUGAAGUCGCAAUUCAACGGCUCAGACACGAGACGUAUGUGGCAUAGUCUACAGACAAUCACAGAUUACAAAGGGAAAACCAGCCACGUCGCGGACACCGACGUCUUGCUCCCAGACAAGCUAAACACCUUCUUUGCCCGCUUUGAGGAUAACACAAUGCCACCAACGCGGCCCGCACCCAAGGACUGUGGGCUCUCGUUCUCCGUGGCCGACAUAAGACAUUUAAGCGUGUUAACCCUCGCAAGGCUGCCGGCCCAGACGGCAUCGCUAGCCGCGUCCUCAGAGCAUGCGCAGACCAGCUGGCUGGAGUGUUUACGGAUAUAUUCAAUCUCUCCCUAUCCCAGUCUGCUGUCCCCACUUGCUUCAAGAUGUCCACCAUUGUUCCUGUACCCAAGAAAGCAAAGGUAACUGAACUAAAUGACUAUCGCCCCGUAGCACUCACUUCUGUCAUCAUGAUGUGCUUUGAGAGGCUAGUUAAGGAUCAUAUUACCUCUACCUUACCUAACACCCUAGAUCCACUUCAAUUUGCUUACCGCCCCAAUAGAUUCACAGACGAUGCAAUCGCCAUCACACUGCACACUGUCCUAUCCCAUCUGGACAAGAGGAAUACCUACAUCAGAAUGCUGUUCAUUGACUAUAGCUCAGCAUUCAACACCAUAGUACCCUCCAAGCUCAUCAUUAAUCUUGGGGCCCUGGGUCUGAACUCCGCUCUGUGCAACUGGGUCCUGGACUUCCUGACGGGCCGCCCCCAGGUGGUGAAGGAAGGAAACAACACCUCCACUACGCUGAUCCUCAACACAGGGGCCCCACAAGGGUGUGUGCUCAGCCCCUCCUGUACUCCCUACACCCAUGACUGCGUGGCACGCACGACUCCAACUCAAUCAUCAAGUUUGCAGACGACACAAUAGUAAUAGGCCUGAUUACCAACAAUGACGAGGACGUGAGGGCCCUGGCGAAGUGGUGCCAGGAAAAUAACCUCUCCCUCAACGUCAACAAAACGAAGGAGCUGAUCGGGGACUUCAGGAAACAGAAGAGGGAGCACGCCCCUAUCCACAUCGACGGGACCGCAGUCGAGAAGGUGGAAAUCUUCAAGUUCCUCGGCGUACACAUCACUGACAAUCUGAAAUGGUCCACCCACACAGACAGUGUGGUGAAGAAGGCGCAACAGCGGUCUGCCCAACGCAUCACCGGGGGCACACUGCCUGCCCUCCAGGACACCUACAGCACCCAAUGUCACAGGAAGGCCAAAAAGAUCAUCAAGGACGUCAACCACAAGCCAAGGCCUGUUCACCCUACUAUCAUCCAGAAGGCGAGGUCAGUACAGGUGCAUCAAAGCUGGGACCGAGAGGCUGAAAAACUGCUUCUAUCUCAAGGCCAUCAGACUGUUAAAUAGUCAUCACUAGCCAGCUACCACUCGGUUACUCAACCCUGCACCUUAGAGGCUGCUGCCUUAUAUACAGUGCAUUCGGAAAGUAUUCAGACACCUUGACUUUUUCCACGUUUUGUAACAUUAGAGCCUUAUUCUAAAAUUGAUCAAAUUGUUUUUUUUCUUCAUCAAUCUACACACACUACCCCAUAAUGACAAAGCAAAAACAGGUUUUUAGAAGUUUUAGCAAAUGUAUUACAAAUACAAAAACGGAAAUAUUACAUUUACAUAAGUAUUCAGACCCUUUACUCAGUACUUUGUUGAAUAACCUUUGGCAGUGAUUACAGCCUCGAGUCUUCUUGGGUAUGACGCUACAAGCUUGGCACACCUGUAUUUGGGGAGUUUCUCCCAUUCUUCUCUGCAGAUCCUCUCAAGCUCUGUCAGGUUGGAUGGGGAGCGUUGCUGCACAGCUAUUUUCAGGUCUCUCCAGAGAUGUUUGAUCGGGUUCAAGUCUGGGCUCUGGCUGGGCCACUCAAGGACAUUCAGAGACUUGUCCCGAAGCCACUCCUGCGUUGUCUUGGCUGUGUGCUUAGGGUCAUUGUCCUGUUGGAAGGUGAACCUUCACCCCAGUCCUGGAGCAGGUUUUCAUCAAGGAUCUCUCUGUACUUUGCUCCGUUAAUCUUUCCCUCGAUCCUGACUAGUCUCCCAGUCCCUGCCGCUGAAAAACAUCCCCACAGCAUGAUGCUGCCACCACCAUACUUCACCGUAGGGAUGUUCCCAGCUAACAAGGAACGUAACUGAGACAUUUGUAACAUUCCCCUUAAGUCUUCCAGAGGUACUGAAUGUCAUAGCCCGUUUGGGACAUUAUAGGCACAUUCAUAACGUUUCUAAUAAGUAUUGUGGUCCUCUGUAGCUCAGCUGGUAGAGCACGGCGCUUGUAACGCCUAGGUAGUGGGUUCGAUCCCCGGGACCACCCAUACACAAAAAUGUAUGCACGCAUGACUGUAAGUCGCUUUGGAUAAAAGCGUCUGCUAAAUGGCAUAUUAUUAUUAUUAUUAUUAUAUUAUAGAGGUUAUAAAUAUCAGGUCGCUAUACAGACAUCAUGGGAACAUUAACAUUGGUAGUCCAUGAAAGGUUCUGAAUAUCAUGUUAUUUUGGAGAUAUCCUAGGAACAUUUCAUAACGUCACAUUUAGAGCUAUGGUUUGUCUUCAUAUAACUUUAAAAUCGGAAUGAUAGAAAUACAUUUUGGAACAUCGUCUGUAAGUUUCACAAUAACGUUAUCAUGACUUACAGUGGGGAAAAAAAGUAUUUAGUCAGCCACCAAUUGUGCAAGUUCUCCCACUUAAAAAGAUGAGAGAGGCCUGUAAUUUUCAUCAUAGGUACACGUCAACUAUGACAGACAAAAUGAGAAAAUAAAAUCCAGAAAAUCACAUUUUAGGAUUUUUAAUGAAUUUAUUUGCAAAUUAUGGUGGAAAAUAAGUAUUUGGUCAAUAACAAAAGUUUCUCAAUACUUUGUUAUAUACCCUUUGUUGGCAAUGACACAGGUCAAACAUUUUCUGUAAGUCUUCACAAGGUUUUCACACACUGUUGCUGGUAUUUUGGCCCAUUCCUCCAUGCAGAUCUCCUCUAGAGCAUUGAUGUUUUGGGGCUGUCGCUGAGCAACACAGACUUUCAACUCCCUCCAAAGAUUUUCUAUGGGGUUGAGAUCUGGAGACUGGCUAGGCCACUCCAGGACCUUGAAAUGCUUCUUACGAAGCCACUCCUUCGUUGCCAGGGCGGUGUGUUUGGGAUCAUUGUCAUGCUGAAAGACCCAGCCACGUUUCAUCUUCAAUGCCCUUGCUGAUGGAAGGAGGUUUUCACUCAAAAUCUCACGAUACAUGGCCCCAUUCAUUCUUUCAUUUACACGGAUCAGUCGUCCUGGUCCCUUUGCAGAAAAACAGCCCCAAAGCAUGAUGUUUCCACCCCCAUGCUUCACAGUAGGUAUGGUGUUCUUUGGAUGCAACUCAGCAUUCUUUGUCCUCCAAACACGACGAGUUGAGUUUUUACCAAUCCUCUUCUGGAUCAUCCAAAUGCACUCUAGCAAACUUCAGACGGGGCUGGACAUGUACUGGCUUAAGCAGGGGGACACGUCUGGCACUGCAGGAUUUGAGUCCCUGGCGGCGUAGUGUGUUACUGAUGGUAGGCUUUGUUACUUUGGUCCCAGCUCUCUGCAGGUCAUUCACUAAGUCCCCCUGUGUGGUUCUGGGAUUUUUGCUCACCGUUCUUGUGAUCAUUUUGACCCCACGGGGUGAUAUCUUGCGUGGAGCCCCAGAUCGAGGGAGAUUAUCAGUGGUCUUGUAUGUCUUCCAUUUCCUAAUAAUUGCUCCCACAGUUGAUUUCUUCAAACCAAGCUGCUUACCUAUUGCAGAUUCAGUCUUCCCAGCCUGGUGCAGGUCUACAAUUUUGUUUCUGGUGUCCUUUGACAGCUCUUUGGUCUUGGCCAUAGUGGAGUUUGGAGUGUGACUGUUUGAGGUUGUGGACAGGUGUCUUUUAUACUGAUAACAAGUUCAAACAGGUGCCAUUAAUACAGGUAACGAGUGGAGGACAGAGGAGCCUCUUAAAGAAGAAGUUGCAGGUCUGUGAGAGCCAGAAAUCUUGCUUGUUUGUAGGCGACCAAAUACUUAUUUUCCACCAUAAUUUGCUAAUAAAUUCAUUAAAAAUCCUACAAUGUGAUUUUCUGGAGAAAAAAAAUCUCAAUUUGUCUGUCAUAGUUGACGUGUACCUAUGAUGAAAAUUACAAGCCUCUCAUCUUUUUAAGUGGGAGAACUUGCACAAUUGGUGGCUGACUAAAUACUUUUUUCCCCCACUGUAUGUGGGGACUAAAAUAACUUUGUGGUCACAUCCUGGAACUUAAUUUUGUUAGCUAGGUUGCGAGGUUUCUUCCAGAUGUGACGCUCAGCAUUCAGGCUAAAGAGUUCAAUCUUGGUUUCAUCAGACAAUAUAAUCUUGUUUCUCAUGGUCUGAGAGUCUUUAGGUACCUUUUGGCAAACUCCAAGCUGGCUGUCAUGUGCCUUUUACUGAGGAGUGGCUUCCGUCUGGCCACUCUACCAUAAAGGCCUGAUUGGUGGAGUGCUGCAGAGAUGGUUGUCCUUCUUGAAGGGUCUCCUAUCUCCACAGAGGAUCUCUGGAGCUCUGUCAGAGUGACCAUCGGGUUCUUGGUCACCUCCCUGACCAAGGCCCUUCUUCCCUGAUUGCGCAGUGGCCGGGCGGCCAGCUCUAGGAAGAGUCUUGGUUGUUCCAAACUUCUUCCAUUUAAGAAUGAUGGAGGCCACUGUGUCCUUGGGGGGACCUUCAAUGCGGCAGACAUUUUUUGGUACCCUUCCCCAGAUCUGUGCCUCGACACAAUCCUGUCUCGGAGCUCUACGGACAAUUCCUUCGACCUCAUGGCUUGGUUUUUGCUCUGAUAUGCACUGUCAACUGUGGAACCUUAUAUAGACAGGUGUGUGCCUUUCCAAAUCAUGUCCAAUCAAUUUAAUUUACCACAGGUGGACUCCAAGCAAGUUGUAGAAACAUCUCAAGGUUGAUCAAUGGAAACAGGAUGCACCUGAGCUCAAUUUCGAGUGUCAGAGCAAAGGGUCUGAAUACUUAUGUAAAUAAAUUGUUUAUGUUUUUUAUUUGUAAUACAUUUGCAAAUAUAUCUAAAAACCUGUGUAAUGCUGUUUUAAGAGCAGCUAAUGGAUCAGUGUAAAUCAGUGGUGGGUUACUCUUCUUCAAAGUGCUCCUCUCGUUUUUUCCUCCUCUCCUUUCCUCCUCCUUCUUUCCUCCUCUCCUUCUUCCUUCCUUUCCUUCUUUCCUCCUCUCCAUCUUUCCUCCUCUCCUUCUUUCCUCCUCUCCUUCACCUCCUCCCCUUCUUUCCUCCUCUCCUUUCCUCUUCUCCUUCUUUCCUCCUCUCCUUCACCUCCUCCCCUUCUUUCCUCCUCUCCUUCUUUCCUCCUCUCCUUCUUCCUUCCUUUCCUUCUUUCCUCCUCUCCUUCUUUCCUCCUCUCCUUCUUUCCAAGGCUUUGAUAAUAAAAGUUAACACUUUACUUAAAGCUGACAUGUGUAAUUUGUUUUUAAGCAUUAUGCAUUAUAAAGAUGUACAAGGAUUUAUAUUGUCAAAUGUCUGUGGCCCGGGCCCUCCAGGCACUGAGAGGCUCAGGUUGUAUCUGCUGCUCGUGUGUAUCAACUGUAAACAGUGAAAUGUUGUCACCCGGACAAAUGGCUUCCAAUGCGAACACUGGCAAGGGAAGGAUUCCAUUACAAUCCUGGCAUGGAGUCCAACGUAGACACACACAUGCCCAUGGUCUUGCUCCCCUCACAAAGACAGGAUAUUAGCUUCCUGCCAGGGCUUUGAUUUUCAUUUCAGGUGGCUCUCCUCCUGCCUUUUCACAGCUGCCACUGAGAGGGAGAACAGGAGAACAGGAGAACAGAGGAGAGGUUGGGAAUCUCUGUAAUCAGGGUCUCCCAACCCCGUCUCCUCAGGGAUCAGCAGCCAUUUCACAUAUUUAAUCUAUUUCAGUACCAGAACACCUAAUUCAACUGGUCAACUAAUCAUCAAGCCCUGGAAUAGCUCAAAGAAGUGCAAUCGCAAAAGGGUUUGGGAAUACAGGAUAACUCGAUCUAGAUGAGAGAGAGAUGGUCUUCAAACUCGACCUGGUACAGUCCUGAGAAAGAAAGGGUGUGGAACAGCGGAUGGUCAGAUGGCACAGGACAGAGACUGUGUGUUUCUGUCUGUGAGUCAUUGUCGUUUGUAGGCAGGUAUCUCAAUAGCAGUUUUGUGAAAUCAAUGCUCUCAGUGCAGUGUAAUCAAUACAAUCAUCAUCACUACAGGCAAGGCACUGAUUGGGAGAUGGUUUAUUUGGUUAGCUUUAGAGGUUGUUUCCUCCACAGAGAGACCCUGUCCUAUACCAUAACAAGUGUAACCGGUGGGAUUCCUGCCACAGACUUCCUGUAUGUCAACUUUUUGUGUGAAGCUCCAAACCUACCCUAUUUUUCAGUCGCGAAGGAGCCCUAAUCAAAAGCUAAGCCACCAUUUUUUAAAUGUGUUUAUUAUAUAUUUGUUUCUUUAUUUGUCUAGAAAGGGACAGUAAUCAGAAGCUAAGUCCUUGUCGACUAAUUAGUGACAGGUAAAAAGCUCCUCUGGAAAUUCUCACAACCGCUGAGUCGUCAGGUCUGGCUGUCUGAUCUUGUGCUGCAAUCUCUCCCCCCUCAACACAUUGCUGUGUGUGCACAAUGUGGAGAUAAGAUAAGAGCUAAAUACCACUCCUUCUCCUUGAAAUCUGUGAACAACCAGAGGGGCCAGUUCUUGCACAUUAUUCCUUUGUUUCAUGCACUCCUAUUUAUUUUGUCUUGCCUGGCUGUAUCACUCCUUGAGUGCUGCAGUUAAAGCCAUUCAUUGCUUGUAGCAUAAAGUAGAAGCCAGAGAUCUCAACACGGACGGUCUCACAGUUUCUCUUAAUGUAACGUUUCCUCCCUCGCCAACAAAGUGCUUUGCCUGCUGACUGGGCUGGAAGGGAUAGCAGUUUUUAGAAGUGAGGAAAGGUUUCUUCUAAGUACACAGAAGGUGUAAACCAGUGGAGGUUGGUGGGAGGAGCUAUAGGAGGACGGGUUCAUUGUAAUGGCUGGAAUGGAAUCAAUGGAGCGUAGUCAAACGUGGUUUCCAUAUGUGUGAUGUGUUUGAUACUGUUCCAUUUUUUCCAUUCCAGCCAUUACAAUGAGCCUGUGACGAGUACACGAAGAGGCAGGACGCAGACGCAGGAAUUAACAAGGUCAAGGUUUACUUAAACAAUGACAAAGAGAAUUAACAAAGAUAGAGUACAUGACACGAAGCAAAACAAUCACAUACAACAUCCUACAGAACAGUCCAGGGCUAAAUAGGGGUAGUGAUGAGAUAAUGAGGUGCGCUGGAGUUGAUUACGGUGCAUUGGGUUUCCAUUCCGGUGUUGCCAAGGUGGUGCACUCAGACCGAUGGCUCAGUAGACCGGCGAAUCAGAGCGCCGGAGGGGAGCAACGGGAAGAGACGUGACAGUACCCCCCCCCCCCCCGCCACCCCCCGGAAGUGCGGCUCCAGCCGCUGGACGUUGCCAGUCAGGAGGACGACAUCGAGGACGAGGAGCGGGCCGGUCAGGGCGAUGACGGUGGAAGUCCCGAAUUAGGUUGGGGUCCAGAACAUUCCCCAGCCGGAACCCAGUUUCUUGCAGGGCAGGCAGAGAGGGAGGUUUUUUGUGGACAGCCAGACACGAUCCCCAGGCUGGAAUACAGGGGCCUCACUGCGGUGGCGGUCGGCUUGGUCCUUCUGCCGACGAAUGGCCCUCUGGAGAUGGACAUGGGCGGCGUCCCAGACCUGUCCGGCCCUGUGGAACCACUCGUCGACAGCGGGCGCAUCGGUCUGGCUGGGUGUCCAAGGGGCCAGGGCCGGCUGGUACCCCAGGACACACUGGAAAGGGAGUGAGCCCCGUGGAGGAGUGAACGAGGGAGUUCUGGGCAUAUUCUGCCCAGGGAAGAAACCUUGCCCACUCACCCUGCCGGUCCUGACAGUGGCAACAAAGAAACCUCCCCAGCUCCUGGUUCAUGCGCUCCACCUGCCCAUUCGACUGAGGCCUAUACCCGGAAGUGAGGCUGGCCACACUCGGGAGGUGAAUUGUGGGCCACGGUCCGAGAUGAUGUCCUCCGGAAGUCCAUAAUGCCGGAAGACCUGUUGGAGCAGGACCUCAGCGACCUGGAGAGCAGAAGGAAGACCAGUUAGUGGCAAAAAAUGGCAUGAUUUGGAGAACAAAUCUACGACCACCAUGACUGUGGUGAAGCUGUCAGAACAUGGAAGGUCGGUGAGCACUUGUAACGCCAGGGUAGUGGGUUCGAUCCCCGGGACCACCCAUACGUAAAAAUGUAUGCACACAUGACUGUAAGUCGCUUUGGAUAAAAGCGUCUGUUAAAUGGCAUAUUAUUUAUUAUUAUUAUAUUACAAAGUCUAUGGACAGGUGUGACCAAGGUCACUGAGGCACUGGGAGAGGAACUGGUUUGCCUGCCGGGGCGUUCCGAGGUGUCUUCGUUUGGGCACAUACGGAACAGGAGUUGAAAUAGAGGGACACAUCCGCCAUAGAAGGACCACCGCCAACAGCUCCCUGUGGGGGUAAGCUUCUUUGAGAAAAAGGCACAGGGAUACAUUUUCUCUGGCUUACCGUGCCGCUGGGAGAGGACCGCACCCACACCCUCCUCCGAUUCGUCCACCUCAAGGAUGAAAGGACGAGAGGGAUCUGGGUGUUUUUGGAUGGGUGCUGUGGUGAACCUCUCCUUCAGCCUCUUGAAGGCAUCGUCAGCCUCAGGGUUACAGCUCAGCUUCUGAGGCCCACCCUUAAGGAGAGAGGUGAGCGGGGCGGCUAUGGAGCUGAAGGACAUGAUGAAACGCCAGUAUAAAUUGGCGAAGCCCAGGAAGCUCUGUUGGCCCUUGAUGGUGGUGGGAACUGGCCAUGACCUGAUGGCGUCCGUCUUCACUCCUUCCAUGAACACCCCCUGAGGACUGAUCCUGUAUCCUAGGAAGGAGAUGGCCUGUUGGUGGAAUUCACUUUUCUCCCCUUUCACCAACAGGCUGUGUUCCCAGAAGCGGAAUAGGACAGCUCGGACGUCCCUGACGUGCUCCUCGAACGUAGCCGAGUAGAUCAGGAUAUCGUUGAUGUACACCACCACCUGUCUACUCAGCAUGUCCCGGAACACGUCAUUGACGAAGGACUGGAACACACGUUGGAACACACAUUGGCGAGGCCGUAGGGCAUGACGAAGUAUUCAUAGUGGCCUGAGGUAGUGCUGAAUGCCGUCUUCCACUGGUCUCCUUCCCAGAUUCGGAUCAGGUUGUAGGCACUCCUCAGGUCCAACUUGGUAAAGGACCUGGCCCCUCAUAGCUGCUCGAUGGCCGACGGAAUCAGAGGGAGGGGGUACCGGUACUGGGUGGUGACUGCGUUCAGCCCCCUGUAGUCAAUGCAUGGUCUCAGUCCUCCGUCUUUUUUGGCCACGAAGAAGAAGCUGGCGGAGGCAGGAGAGGUAGAGCGUCGGAUGAACCCCUGUGUCAGGGUCUCCACCACAUACUUCUCCAUGGCCUCCGCCAUUGAAAGGGGGUAAAUGCGACUCUUCGGGGGGUGUUGUCCCUCCAGCAGGUCAAUGGCGCAGUCCCAGGGCCUGUGAGGAGGGAGACACGUAGCCUUUGAUGAAGAGAAGACAUCGGAGAGAUCUGCAUACUCACGUGGAAUGUUGGGCUGGAGGGCGGACUCCGGACUCUCCACUGACGUGGAACAACAAACCACCGGCAGGCAGGUCUUCCGGCAUGAGGUGGACCAGGCUGUGAUCCUCUUGGUGAUCCAAUUGAUGGUGGGGUUGUGUAGUCUGAGCCAGGGCAAUCCCAAGACGAUCCGGUGAAGGGGUGACGUGACGAUGUGGAAUGACAGCUCCUCGUGGUGCUCCGGUAGUGUGGGAAAAAAAAAUCCAGAAAAUAACAUUGUAGGAUUUUUUAUGAAUUUAUUUGCAAAUUAUGGUGGAAAAUAAGUAUUUGGUCAAUAACAAAAGUUUCUCAAUACUUUGUUAUAAACCCUUUGUUGGCAAUGACACAGGUCAAACGUUUUCUGUAAGUCUUCACAAGGUUUUCACACACUGUUGCUGGUAUUUUGGCCCAUUCCUCCAUGCAGAUCUCCUCUAGAGCAGUGAUGUUUUGGGGCUGUCUCUGGGCAACACAGACUUUCAACUCCCUCCAAAGAUUUUCUAUGGGGUUGAGAUCUGGAGACUGGCUAGGCCACUCCAGGACCUUGAAAUGCUUCUUACGAAGCCACUCCUUCGUUGCCCGGGCGGUGUGUUUGGGAUCAUUGUCAUGCUGAAAGACCCAGCCACGUUUCAUCUUCAAUGCCCUUGCUGAUGGAAGGAGGUUUUCACUCAAAAUCUCACGAUACAUGGCCCCAUUCAUUCUUUCCUUUACACGGAUCAGUCAUCCUGGUCCCUUUGCAGAAAAACAGCCCCAAAGCAUGAUGUUUCCACCCCCAUGCUUCACAGUAGGUAUGGUGUUCUUUGGAUGCAACUCACGACGAGUUGAGUUUUUACCAAAAAGUUUUUCAAAAGGUUUCAUCUGACCAUAUGACAUUCUCCCAAUCCUCUUCUGGAUCAUCCAAAUGCACUCUAGCAAACUUCAGACGGGCCUGGAAAAUGUACUGGCUUAAGCAGGGGGACACGUCUGGCACUGCAGGAUUUGAGUCCCUGGCGGCGUAGUGUGUUACUGAUGGUAGGCUUUGUUACUUUGGUCCCAGCUCUCUGCAGGUCAUUCACUAGGUCCCCCCGUGUGGUUCUGGGAUUUUUGCUCACCAUUCUUGUGAUCAUUUUGACCCCACGGGGUGAGACCUUGCGUGGAGCCCCAGAUCGAGGGAGAUUAUCAGUGGUCUUGUAUGUCUUCCAUUUCCUAAUAAUUGCUCCCACAGUUGAUUUCUUCAAACCAAGCUGCUUACCUAUUGAAGAUUCAGUCUUCCCAGCCUGGUGCAGGUCUACAAUUUUGUUUCUGGUGUCCUUUGACAGCUCUUUGGUCUUGGCCAUAGUGGAGUUUGGAGUGUGACUGUUUGAGGUUGGGGACAGGUGUCUUUUAUACUGAUAACAAGUUCAAACAGGUGCCAUUAAUACAGGUAACGAGUGGAGGACAGAGGAGCCUCUUAAAGAAGAAUUUACAGGUCUGUGAGAGCCAGAAAUCUUGCUUGUUUGUAGGUGACCAAAUACUUAUUUUCCACCAUAAUUUCCAAAUAAAUUCAUAAAAAAUCCUACAAUGUGAUUUUCUGGAAUUUUUUUCCUCAAUUUGUCUGUCAUAGUUGACGUGUACCUAUGAUGAAAAUUACAGGCCUCUCUCAUCUUUUUAAGUGGGAGAACUUGCACAAUUGGUGGCUGACUAAAUACUUUUUUCCCCCACUGUACCUAUCUAUAAGGUUCCCCGCUGAUCCAUAAUCUAUCAUUGCAGUAGAAAUGGAAGAUAAGGAAUAACCAGUCACCGUUAUGGGAACUAAAAACAAUGGUUUUGUGAUAGGAGAUGAUGUCACACUCACGGUGCGGCGACGGGAGUCAAACCGCCUAGAUAGGGAGCCGCCGGGAGAUCUGUGUGCCGUGGGGAUGUAGGGGGUGCUGCCCACCUCCAUGGGUGAGGACUCGGAAUCAGGACGGCUUCCAUAGCUUAGAUUGGGUUAGCGUCGAGGCUCCAGGAGGUUUUGGGAACGCCGUCUCUCUCGCAACAUUUCGUCAAGACGGAUGGACGUGGUGAUAAGGGUAUCAAGGUCCAUCUCAUAGUCCCAACAUGCAAGUUCUGUCUUAAUGUCCUCCCGUAAGCCUCUCCUGAAGGCCGUGCGCAGAGCACGCUCAUUCCAGCCGGAAGAUGCCGCCACCGUGCGAAAGCGUACUUGGACGCGGGCCCCUCUCUCUGUUGUAGAUGGAGGAGACACUCACCCCCGUCCUUUCCCUCCGUGGGAUGAUCAAACACCGCCCUGAACCGAGCGAGGAAGGUGGGGUAGGGUAGUGCCACUGCCUCCUCUCCUUCCCAGACUGCCGUGGCCCAAUCCAGCGCCUUCCCCUUAAGUAACGAAAUCACCAGCGCUAUCCUGGCUUGGUCAGAUGGAUAUGCCCCAGGUUGACGUGCCAGAUAAAGUGAAACCUGUAGCAGGAAGCCUCUACAUUUUGUAGUUUUACCGUCAAAGCACUCCAGUAGGGCGAGGGUUCCCGCAGAAGUGGGUGAUAGCCCAGGGACAGGUGGAUUGGAGGCACUCGCCGCUCCCUGAGGUAGAACCGGAGCGCUGGGCAGAUUAUGCAGAGUUUGGAGCACUUCCUGCAUGGUGGCGUUCAACUGGGCAAGCUGCUGCUGGUGCUGGUCGAGGCACUGGGAAACUCCUGCUGCAUCCAUUUUCGUUUGGUGUGUGAUUCUGUGACGAGUACUGAGUAUACGAAGAGGCAGGACGCAGAAAUUAACAAGGUCAAAGUUUACUUAAACAAUGACAAAGAGAAUUAACAAAGAUAGAGUACAUGACACGAAGCAAAACAAUCACACACAACAUCCUACAGAACAGUCCAGGGCUAAAUAGGGGUAGUGAUGAGAUGAUGAGGUGUAGGUGCGCUGGAGUUGAUUAGGGUGCGUUGGGUUUCCAUUCCAGUGUUGCCGAGGUGGUGCGCUCAGACCGGUGGCUCAGUAGACCGGCGAAUCAGAGCGCCGGAGGGGAGCAACGGGAGGAGACGUGACAGAGCCUGUCCUCCUAUAGCUCCUCCCACUAGCCUCCACUGGUGUAAACUGCAGAGUUACUUGAUGUGUUGUUGCUCGACUGGAAUGCUGACUGACUGCUACCCUCCUCUUUAUCUCUCCGAGAGAUAAGGCUCAGGCUCUCUCCAUCUCUCCCUCGGUCUCUCCCUCAAAGAAGAUUCAAUCUAACGCUCUCAGUUUUUGAAGAACACUUUUAUGUCGUUUAUACAAUGGCUGUUUUUGGAAGUGUGUGUGUGAGAUUGAAAGAGAUAUGGAUUGCUAUUGAGUCUCCUUGCAGAACAAUGGUAGUUGUGGACCGAACAUAAAUAGUUUAUAAUACUGUACUCCUCAGAUCAGUGUGUCUGUCUCUACACGUCCGCUCAACUCUAAACCCUAGUGACCCUGAUCCACCCUGUCUGCCCCUCUCAGCCUCUAGCUGAUCCUCACACUCAAUAGUUAAGUAGGAGAUCAGACACACAGCUGUGCUCCCAUUGAUCUCUCUUCCUCUCAGAGUGUGUGUGUGUUGACAUAAUCUUCUCUCGACUCUCUUUCUUCUUUCUCUCUCUCUCUCGCCGUCUUCCUCUGACUCCCGUUGUCCUCUCCUCUCUCUGCACUCUGUUUUAUUGCUCACUGUUAGUGUUUUAACACCUACACAAGUCAUGUUAAUGAAUUACCUAUUCUGUGCAGUUAUGGCAACAUGAGAGGUUAUCAUCACUCAAGUGAUCACCGGGGAAGCUUGUGAAGCAGGGUAUUAACCUGGACUAGACUGAGAGCGUUGUGUCUUGUCUAUUUAUUUACAGAGCAGUGAAGUAUUCAGAGAGUGAUAAUAGGCUACUGUAGCUAGGGAAUUGUUGCUGCAUGUUUGUAAACAUUACACAGAGGAGAGAGACAGAAAUGGAGGGACGUAAACAGACUCUCUUUCCAUAUCAUUCAGGUGAGGAGCAGGAGGAAAAUAAGAAGCUUGUGACUGCACUGUGAGAGUUACCCGAAAUCCUGAUUAGGGGCCAGAUUCAAUCCGAUUGUGCUUUGUCCACUAUGCACAUUUUAAAGGCAAUGUUCCCAUGUUUGCAAAGACCACAUUCAUGGUUAACACUGUAUAUGUUGGCUCAAUGGGGAAUUACCUUUAAAUGUCUAGAUCUUGUCAUACCAAAUAAUUCACAAAGCAAAUAGUUGAUUUCCUCCCUUUCUGAUGAUAUUCUCUCUUUAUAUGGGGGUAAGUUGAGUAAGCAUGGGUGGGUGGGAUGUAGGCCUAAUGCAUUGCUUGCUGUCUGGCUGAUACUAUCAACAAUAUGUAACUAAAAAAGUUGUCACUUGAUUUCCACAUGAUCUGUUUACAAUAAUUCAUUUAAUGGAUGUGAUAUACAGUGCAUUCGGAAAGUAUUCAGACCCCUUGACUUUUUCCACAUUUUGUUACUUUACAGCCUUAUUCUAACAUGGAUUAAAUUGUUUUUUUCCCCUAAUCAAUCUACACACAAUACCCCAUAAUAACAAAGCAAAAACAGGUUUUUUGAAAUGUUUGCAAAUUUAUUAAAAACAGAAAUACCUUAUUUACAUAAGUAUUCAGACCCUUUGCUAUGAGACUCGAAAUUGAGAUCAGGUGCAUCCUGUUUCCAUUGAUCAUCCUUGAGAUGUUUCUACAACUUGAUUGGAGUCCACCUGUGGUAAAUUCAAUUCAUUGGACACCCCUGUCUAUAUAAGGUCCCACAGUUGACAGUGCAUGUCAGAGCAAAAACCAAGCCAUGAGGUCGAAGGAAUUGUCCGUAGAGCUCCGAGACAGGAUUGUGUCGAGGUACAGAACUGGGGAAGGGAACCAAAACAUUUCUGCAGCAUUGAAGGUCCCCAAGAACACAGUGGCCUCCAUCAUUCUUAAAUGGAAGAAGUUUGGAACCACCAAGACUCUUCCUAGAGCUGGCCGCCCAGCCAAACUGACCAAUUGGGGGAGAAGGGCCUUGGUCAGAGAGGUGACCAAGAACCCGAUGGUCACUCUGACAGAGCUCCAGUGUUCUUCUGUGGAGAAGGGAUAACCUUUCAAAAGGACAACCAUCACUACAUCACUCCACCAAUCAAGCCUUUAUGGUAAAGUGGCCAGACUGAAGCCACUCCUUAGUAAAAGGCACAUGACAGCCCGCUUGGAAUUUGCCAAAAGGCACCUAAAGGACUCUCAGACCAUGAGAAAGAUUCUCUGGUCUGAUGAAACCAAGAUUGAACUCUUUGGCCUGAAUGCCAAGCAUCACCUCUGGAGAAAUCCUGGCACCAUCCCUACGGUGAAGCAUGGUGUUGGCAGCAUCAUGUUGUGGGGAUGUUUUUCAGCGGCAGGGACUGGGAGACUAGUCAGGAUCGAGGGAAAGAUGAAUGGAGCAAAGUACAGAGAGAUCCUUGAUGAAAACCUGCUCCAGAGUGCUCAGGACCUCAGACUGGGUUGAAGGUUCACCUUCCAACAGGACAACGACCCUAAGCACACAGCCAAGACAAUGCAGGAGUGGCUUCGGGACAAGUCUCUGAAUGUCCUUGAGUGGCCCAGCCAGAGCCUGGACUUGAACUCGAUCAAACAUCUCUGGAGAGACCUGAAAAUAGCUGUGCAGCGACACUCCCCAUCCAACCUGACAGAGCUUGAGAGGAUCUGCAGAGAAGAAUGGGAGAAACUCCCUAAAUACAGGUGUGCCAAGCUUGUAGCAUCAUACCCAAGAAGACUCGAGGCUGUAAUUGCUGCCAAAGGUGCUUCAACCAAGUACGGAGUAAAUGGUCUGAAUACUUGGAAAAUGUGACAUUUCAAAAACCUGUUUUUGCUUUGUCAUUAUGGGGUGUUGUUUGUAGAUUGAUGAGGAACAAAUGUAAUUUAAUCCAUUUUAGAAUAAGGCUGUAAAGUAACAAAAAGUGGAAAAACUCAAGGGGUCUGAAUACUUUCGGAAUACGCCUGUAAGUGUAAGUUAUGAACCAAAUUACAAACCAUUGAUGCAUUACUAUUAGCAAUUCAGUAUUUAUUCCAAUCAUGGAACACACACAGUCACACACAUACUCCAGGGGUGGGUUGCUAGGCGAUGGGGCCUAAGACAAUGGGGACACAAUUGGUUUACCACUCAUUGAAAGGUCAGAGGGCAUCGGAUCUUUCUUUCUCCCUUGUCUCUCUCUCGCUCUCUCACCCCAUUCCUAUCCCUUUUCUUACUCCCUCCUCCCAGCUUGCAUGUUUCUCCUGAUGAAACUGUGCAUUGUGAGCAUUUAUCUGGCCAAACGAGCACACACAAAGACCAGUACCAAGCGGACACAGGCCUUUUAGCUGGAAGGAACAAAAGACUGAAAAGAGCUUUUCUGUCGGAGGGAUUUGGGUAUUUUCCCCUCUUUCUGAGCCUUUACUAGUGGAGUAUUCCACGAGACCUCAAGCUGAUGCUUUAUUAUGAUGGAGACUCAAUGACUGUGUUGCCGAUUGUUCACUAUAACAAUCCUCUGUGUGUGUGCGUGUGUGCGUUUGUGCGUGCGUGCGCUGGUGACUGGUUACUUAUGGUCCUCAGGAACCCCCUAGACCUGCUCUAACUGAAGCAUUAUUAAGGCAUUGAUGAGCACAAUAAAAGACGAUGUAAUCAAUUCACGUUGACCAGUCAAUAAUAGCCACCUUGGUGGUUCUCUCUUUGAUGAUGAUUGACAUCACAGAGAUCAGUGUAGAAACAUGGAAUCUGAGUAAUGUAAUUCCAAUCAGAAUUGAUGUUUAAUAGGUUAAACCAGGUCAAAGGUCAUAUGGAAACCACAGGGAUGAUUGUGGUUGAAUCACAACUGGUCAGGUCACGGUUAAUAUUAAGGUUAAUCUCCAUUAAUCAAUGUGUUAGUGAAACAAGGUGAGAGAAGAGGAGAGGAGAGUGGUGUGGGGGGGAGGAUGGAGGAGAGGAGAGGGGAGGAGAGGAGAGUGGUCACUGACGUGUUUGGAUUGGGUUGGCAAUGUGUCUCUGUGCUGAGGUAGCUAGCUGGUGCAGUAUCAUCUAUCCACAGGCAGGUAUAAUCCAGUUAGCCCAUAAUCUGGAAUGGGAGGGAUUAGCUUUCCAUGGUGGAGUAUAAGUACAUGGUAAUACUGCUGUACUCCCACAGUCUGUCUGUCUGUCUGCUGGUGUGUCAUCCUCUCUCUCUCUCUCUCUUUCUCUCUCUCUCUCUCUUUCUCUCUUUCUCUGUCUCGCUCUCUCUUUCUCUCUCUUUCUCUCUUUCUCUGUCUCUCUCUCUCGCUCUUGCUCUCUCUUUCUCUCUUUCUCUCUUUCUCUGUCUCUCUCUCUUUCUCUCUCUGUCGCUCUCUCUCUCUGUCUCUCGCUCUUUCUCGCUCUUUCUCUCUCUCUCUCGCUCUCUCUUUCUCUCUCGCUCUCUCUGUCUCUCUCUUUCUCUCUCUCUCUUUCUCGCUCUCUCGCUCGCUCUCUCUGUCUCUCUCGCUUUCUCUCUUUCUCUCUCUCUCUCUCGGUCUCUCUCUCUGUCUCUCUCUCUGUCUCUCUCUCGCUCUCGCUCUCUCUCUUGCUCGCUCUCUAAUAUGGAGUUAUGCAGGGUAAGCACUCAGAAUAUGCUCCUUAGUGAUUUGUUGUUCCCUAGUGAUUUGUUGACAUCCAUGCAAUACCCUUGAGCAUGAAAACAUACAACACUUCACAUAUAUAAUGAGUCACUCCAUGAAAGGGGAAAGGGGGAUACCUAGUCAGUUCUACAACUGAAUGCAUUCAACUGAAAUGUGUCUUCCGCAUUUAACCCAACCCCUCUGAAUCAGAGAGUUGCGGGGAAUAGACUUGUAGGAAGUGUACUAGUGUAAGAUAUAGCUGAAGCUACUUUUAGAUAUGGGUAUAUAUCCAAUAAGCACACAUCUCUUCUAAGUUCUAGGGUUGUGAGAAAUGGAGUACAGCUGGCAUACAGCUCACCAUGCCUUCUGCUGCCUCGCAUUCCCUCUCUCACACUCUCCCUCUCUCCCACACUACUACUAGUGUCUGUCUGGGACAUCUCCUCUAUCCACACUGCUACCAGUGUCUGUCUGGCACUUCUCCUCUAUCCACAUUGGUACCAGUGUCAGCCUAGGACAUCUCCUCUAUCCACACUGCUACCAGUGACAGUCUAAGACAUCUCCUCUAUCCACACUACUACUAGUGUCUGUCUGGGACAUCUCCUCUAUCGACACUGCUACUAGUGUUUGUCUGGGACAUCUCCUCUAUCCACACUGCUACCAGUGCCUGUCUGGGACUUCUCUAUCCACAAUGCUACCAGUGUCAGCCUAGGAAAUCUCCUCUAUCCACACUGCUACCAGUGUCUGUCUGGGACAUCUCCUCUAUCCACACUGCUACCAGUGUCUUUCUCUGACAUCUCCUCUAUCCACAUUGCUACCAACGUCUGUCUGGGACAUCUCCUCUAUCUACACUGCUAGCAGCGUCUUACUGAACUCAUCUCUGUAGUGAGGAAGCAGGCAGUGUCCAAACUCUGCAGACGUCUGUGAUAGUUCCUGUUUCUUUGCAUGUGAUGCCCAGCUCCCGCCUGAGUAAAAAUAGUUUUCAGGAAGAGCCGUGGGAGAUGAGGGAGGAUGGGUGAGGGAGGAAGAGUCGGGUGGGGGGGGGGGGGGGGGGGGGGAGACUGUGUGAUGGCGGGGGUGUGGGGGAGAAGGUAGGGAGGAGGGAGGGAUGAGGAAGCCCUGGCAGAGGGAGUUGAAAAACAGAGAGGGAAAAGACUGUGUCUUAAUGACACUAAUAUUACAUCAUCAACUGUCUCCGAUGUCAGUGAGGCCUGUUUCUCUACCAUUAUGCUUUUAUGCUUUUAUGUGUGUGUUAGGCUUUUACUUCCCAGUACGGUGGCAGAGUGAGGACAGGUGAUUAAACACAUUGAUGGAGUACAGUAGUUUGUUAUGCUACUGGAUAGGGAAACCAGUGGUUCCACAAGCCUGGGUUCGAAAUGGGUGUCGCUGGUGGUGCUCUAAACAUAUCCAGAUGCUGUCUGUAGCCUAUAGACUUACUGUGGGAAGAGAGGGGAGAAAAUCACUAUUUUGGCCAACCAUAAGAGGACUAGUAGAGAGUGCCAUGUAAAACGUCUGUCUCAACCACCGAUAGUGAUGGGUUGAUUUGCCCCACAAACAUAGAUCUCUCCUUAACCACUAAGUCAUGUUGGGCAACAACGGCCUAGAGCGUGACCACGACCAGAACUAUUUACUACUGCCAAGCUGUCUGUCUCCUGGAGCCACACCCUCUCUCCCUCUCAUUAUCCCCCCCCCCCCCUCCUCUCUCGUCUCUCCUCUCCUCGCCCUCCCCUCCCCUCUCUCUCUUCCCCUCCUCUCCCACUCCCCGUCUCUCUCUCGUCUCCUCUCUCUCUCCCCUGUCAUUCUCCCCUCCCCUCUCUUUCUCCCUCCCUCUCCUCUCUCUCUUUCCCUCCCUCUCCCCUCCCUCUCUCUCUCUCUCUCCCUCCCCUCUUUCUCUCCCUCCCUCUCCCCUCCCCUCUCUCUCUCUCCCUCUCAUUCUCCCCUCCCCCUCUCUCUCUCGCACCCUCCUCCCGCCCUCACACUAUUUACAGUAUAUCGACCAGAAUGUGUCAUCUCUAGCAAAAGAGAGAGAAUUAUCCUUUCUAAGCUUGUUUCCCACAAUUCCUCACUGUCCAAACAGAGCUAGACAGAAAAUACAGAGGCCUACCUCUUUACCACAGGCUACCAUUUCACAUGAAUGGCUUUAGUGAUACACUCACUCGCAUUGCAUUAAUGGCUUCCCUCUCGCUCUCUUUCUCACUUUCUACUGCUUUGCCCCCCUCUCUCUCCCCAUCUCUCCCUUUCCCUUUCUCUCUGUCUCUCUUCCAGCUGCUCUCUCUCUCCUUUAACCCCUCUCUCUCUCUCUACUUCUCUCUGCCUCUCUCUCUCGCUCCCACUCCCCCUCUUCUCUAAGUGAUGAAAGUAAGAGUGCUAUAAGACAACAGAGCGGUGUGUCUGGCUUUAUUCCAUUGGUAAAAUAGGAUUAGAUUAUCUGUCUUCUCCACUGUGUGUAGUAGGAGGCAAUGUAACAAUUAGGCUCUGCAGCAGCCAGCUGCUCUCGUCUACACUGUAGUUGUCAUGUACUACAGGGAGAGCAAUCUGCCACUGUGUGUCUGGGUGCGGCAAUGAGAGAGAGAGCGAGAGAGAGAGAAUCAAUUCAGUCAUCUGUGAAUUGACAUUGACCUUUUAGAUAGAUAACUGCUUACAAAUGCUAUCUCUCUUAUUUACAUGGGCACGUAUCUGAUAAUGAAUAAGGAGUUAUACAGAAUAGAUUGAACAGCAGAUUGGAUGGUUGAUAAUAAGAGAGCGCUCCUUCAGGCUUCUACUUACCUCUCUCUCUCUCUCUCUAUCUAUCUUUCACAACAUACAAACACACACUGCUGAAUCAGGAAUUGAGUUACAGGAUUAAAAUGUCAUUUUCUGCUUUCUAAAUACAUUCUGUACACUGAAUGUCUUCCUUUUUUCUUCUGUGCCCUUGCAGUGCAGGUCCAAAAGGAGACAACAUCUAUGAGUGGAGAUCUACCAUCCUGGGACCACCAGGCUCUGUAUACGAGGGAGGAGUCUUCUUCCUAGAUAUCGCCUUCACACCUGACUAUCCCUUCAAACCACCCAAGGUACACACAUAUACACACACAGACACACACACACACACACACACACACACACACACACACACACACACACACACACGUAUGCAUGCUCAAACACACACACACGCACAAGCACACACACACACACACACUGGUAUGUAUGCUAGACUAUUGCUUGCUCAGGAUCCCAUGUUGACUGAUUUUGUUUAUUUGUAUUUUUGAAUUGGGCCUUGGGUUAGGCUUUCAGGGCUUGAAAUACUGUAAAUCUGCAUGGCACCAGCUAUUUUAGAGACAAACAUUUACAAGUGCAUCAAUGGCGCCUCUGAAACACACAGACAAGUACAUCUUUAUUUUUAGCGUGUAUUUAAGGAUGUUUCCCAUGCGUUCCAUUCUAUUUUUGAAAUCAUGAACACUGGGAUAUUCUAAAAAUAUAUCUGGCUUGCCUUGGAGAAGAUAUUUUGAGAGCUGGAAGGUUUUGAAAUAACUUUGAAGCACGUUGAGCAACAAAACAACGAUUUUAAGAGAAGAAAAUAAGAACUGACUGAGAGAGAAGCUGGUGAAUACAGUCUCUUGGCUCUGUUCACUGGCGUACUGGACACCCCCGCAGCCCCCGCAAGGCGGGGAGGCCCACCAGCUCUGGGGACCCAUGCGCCUGUCAUUGAUGUCUAAUAUCUUUUCUUUAAUAAAUCAUUUUGACAGUAACCCUCCAAAAAGUCCUUCAUAAACUGUUUUAAUUUCCAUAUGUACUAGGAAGCUAAGUGUUUGUUUCUUGGGCUUCAGGAAUGUGACUGAAAAAGUGAAAAAGAAAAAGGAAACUGAUUGAAAGUAUGAGGGGAUAUCAGUGAACAAAUGCCGUGGUCAAGGCUACGACAGCGCCAGUGCAAUGAAUGGAGUUUACUCAGGUGUUCCAAAGCGCAUAUCAGACCGAGAGCCUAAUGCUUCGUAGGUAGUUCUUUAGGAGUUUUAGUUUAGAAAACCAUCUCUCAGCAGAAGCGACAGUUACAGGGAUGGUAAAAACAGCUUGAUUGCCGUAGCAACAUCAGGGAAACUGGGCAGAAGAGAGUUGUGCUUCAAAUACAGCAGUUCUGUAACAUCUUUAAUUGAGCCUCUCAUUCUCCUUAAUUGCCAGCCUCAACACGAUACGGAAAGAGACUAACUGUAUAGGAAGCUCUGGGGACAGAUCGUCUGGAUACUGGACAGUCAAUAAAUUGGCAGAUGCAAACAGAUUAUCAUUUUUAGCAGACAACAUUUCUUGAGGACAUUAACAAAAUAACUUGUUUGCGAUUUCUUUCAUACUGGUGAACUAGCGUUUUGAGUUAUGUGGUUGCAAUAUCAACAGUUCCUUUUCUCUGGUAUACUGUAUCUUGGCAUGCAUCAUUCUAAGUUUAAAUUGUGUGCAGCGCAAUGGACAUAUAAUGCGCAAUGUCUCAGGAAAGACUCUGGGUUAGCAAUACUCAGUAUAGAAAAUAGUCGGGCCCGCAACCUGGACCUACUGGCUGUAGGGGCCCGGAAUCCGACCUUAUGGGGGGGUCCAGAGAAUAUGCGUUACGCCAGUGGCUCUGUUCUGUGUUAUUAUUGAGAAAAUACUCUAUGCUGGUGCAUUGGUUGGGGGUCGGCCCUGAGAGAGUUUAGUUUAGUGAUUGCCUCAGGAUGUGGGGCCUCUCACUGUCUGUCUGUCUCUCUCCAUCUGUCCCUUCCUUUCCUCUUCUCUCUCUGCCCUCUGCUGACUGAGGAUGAAAGAAAACAUAUCUGCUGCUCUGAGAGCCAGGCCUCCCGCUGUGUUGUUUUUACUGCCUGGCUGUGCACAGGGCUGCAGACACACACACACACACACACUCCUAUAGCUGCUGUCUGAGAACAGGGUACACAAACACCACAGACUAGAUUAGCAGAUCCCCUCCACACCUUGGGAUAGCCUGGGAGAUUAUGCCGUUUUUUUGGAGCACAGUUUCCACAAGCAGGCCAGCAUGGUUAGUCACUCAUAAAGUGAUUGAGAGAGAGUGAGUCAGCUAGGGAGGUAGAGGGGGAGAGCGAGAGUGUGUUAUCCCUCCCCUGUUCAGGCAGGCAGCCCAGAGGUCAGAGGUGGCUCCCUAAUGAUGUUUAGUCUCUUGUCUUCCUGAUGUUUCAUUCCACUUCUUCUGUGUUACUGGUACAAAGAGAUGCUCAGCACCCGAAGGACUGGAAAGAGUACAUAAACCACAGGGUGCAUUGAUCUACAGAAACGUUGUUGUAUCCUAGGUGACGUUCCGUACCAGGAUCUACCACUGUAACAUCAACAGUCAGGGUGUGAUCUGUCUCGACAUCCUGAAGGAUAACUGGAGCCCCGCCCUUACCAUCUCCAAGGUGCUGCUGUCCAUCUGCUCCCUGCUCACUGACUGCAACCCUGGUGAGUGACAUCCCAAUCAACCAAUCAGAGAGAGAGAGAGAUUCUCUCUGAAAAAUCUCUUGAAAAGAUUCUCUCCGAAAAAUCCUCUGCAGUAUCAUCAACAGCAGACUCCAACAUUUCCUCAGUGAAAACAAUGUCCUGAGCAAAUGUCAAAUUGGCUUCUUACCAAAAUACUGUAUGACAGACCACGUAUACACCCUGCACACCAUUAUUGACAAACAAACAAACCCAAAGCAAAGUCUUCUCAUGCUUUGUUGAUUUCAAAAAAGCUUUUGACUCUAUUUGGCAUGAGGGUCUGCUAUACAAAUUGAUGGAAAGCGGUGUUGGGGGGAAAACAUGUACACAAACAACAGGUGUGCAGUUAAAAUGGACAAUAAACACACAGAUUUCUUUCCUCAGGGCCGUGGGGUGAGACCGGGAUUCAGUUUGAGCCCCACCCUCUUUAGCAUAUACAGUGAGCUCCAAAAGUAUUGGGACAGUGACACAUUCUUUUGUGCCCAAUAGAAAUGAAUUGUAAAUAAGGUAUUGUGUCAUUUUGGAGUCACUUUAGAAUAUGUCUAAACACUUCUAAAUUAAUGUGGAUGCUACCAUGAUUACAGAUAAUCCUGAAUUAAUCGUGAAUAAUGAUGAGUGAGAAAGUUAGAUGCACACAUAUGUAAUUUCUAAAUGGUUCACCCGAUAUGGAUGGAAAUACCCUCAAAUGAAAGCUGACAAUCUGCACUUUAAGCUCAUAGUCAUUGUAUCGUUUCAAAUCCAAAGUGCUGGCGUACAGAGCUAAAACAACAACAAAAUUGUCACUGUCCCAAUACUUUUGGAGCUCACUGUAUAUCAAUGAAUUAGCGAAGGCACUAGAACAGUCUGCAACACCCGGCCUCACCUUACUGGACUCUGAAAUAAAAUGUCUACUGUUUGCAGAUGAUCUGGUGCUUCUGUCCCCAACCAAAGAGGGCCUAAAGCAGCACCUAGAUGUUCUACACAGAUUCUGUCAGACUUGGGCCCUGACAGUCAAUCUCAGUAAGACAAAAAUAAUGGUGUUCCAAAAAAGGUCCAGUAUCCAGGACAAUAAAUACAAAUUCUAUAUAGACACCGUUGCCCUAAAGCACACAAAGAACUAUACCUACCUCGGCCUAAACAUCAACACCACAGGUAACUUCCACAAGGCUGUGAACAAUCUAAGAUACAAGGCAAGAAGGGCCUUCUACGCCAUCAAAAGGAACAUAAAACUAGACAUCCCAAUUAGGAUCUGGCUAAAAAUACUUCAAUCAGUUAUAGAGCCCAUUGCCUUCUACAGUGAGGGAAAAAAGUAUUUGAUCCCCUGCUGAUUUUGUAUGUUUGCCCACUGACAAAGACAUGAUCAGUCUAUAAUUUUAAUGGGAGGUUUAUUUGAACAGUGAGAGACAGAAUAACAACAUAAAAAUCCAGAAAAACGUAUGUCAAAAAUGUUAUAAAUUGAUUUGCAUUUUAGUGAGGGAAAUAAGUAUUUGACCCCUCUGCAAAACAUGACUUAGUACUUGGUGGCAAAACCCUUGUUGGCAAUCACAGAGGUCAGACGUUUCUUGUAGUUGGCCACCAGGUUUGCACACAUCUCAGGAGGGAUUUUGUCCCGCUCCUCUUUGCAGAUCUUCUCCAAGUCAUUAAGGUUUCAAGGCUGAUGUUUGGCAACUCGAACCUUCAGCUCCCUCCACAGAUUUUCUAUGGGAUUAAGGUCUGGAGACUGGCUAGGCCACUCCAGGACCUUAAUGUGCUUCUUCUUGAGCCACUCCUUUGUUGCCUUGGAUGUGUGUUUUGGGUCAUUGUCAUGCUGGAAUACCCAUCCACGACCCAUUUUCAAUGCCCUGGCUGAGGGAAGGAGGUUCUCACCCAAGAUUUGAUGGUACAUGGCCCCGUCCAUCGUCCCUUUGAUGCGGUGAAGUUGUCCUGUCCCCUUAGCAGGAAACCCCCCCCCAAAGCAUAAUGUUUCCACCUCCAUGUUUGACGGUGGGGAUGGUGUUCUUGGGGUCAUAGGCAGCAUUCCUCCUCCUACAAACACGGCGAGUUGAGUUGAUGCCAAAGAGCUCCAUUUUGGUCUCAUCUGACCACAACACUUUCACCCAGUUCUCCUCUGAAUCAUUCAGAUGUUCAUUGGCAAAUUUCAGAUGGCCCUGUAUAUGUGCUUUCUUUAGCAGGGGGACCUUGCGGGCGCUGCAGGAUUUCAGUCCUUCACGUUGUAGUGUGUUACCAAUUGUUUUCUUGGUGACUAUGGUCCCAGCUGCCUUGAGAUCAUUGAUAAGAUCCUCUCGUGUAGUUCUGGGCUGAUUCCUCACCGUUCUCAUGAUCAUUGCAACUCCACGAGGUGAGAUCUUGCAUGGAGCCUCAGGCCGAGGGAGAUUGACAGUUCUUUUGUGUUUCUUCCAUUUGCGAAUAUUCGCACCAACUGUUGUCACCUUCUCACCAAGCUGCUUGGCGAUGGUCUUGUAGCCCAUUCCAGCCUUGUGUAGGUCUAGAAGGAUUACUUUAUACUAUUCCAGGUAUUCCUUAAAGAGGUAGGGUUUCAAGUGUCUCCGGAAGGUGGUCAGUGACUCCGCUGUCCUGGCGUCGUGGGGGAGCUUGUUCCACCAUUGGGGUGCCAGAGCAGCAAAUAGCUUUGACUGGGCUGAGCGGGAACUGUGCUUCCAUAGAGGUAGGGGAGCUAGCAGGCCAGAGGUGGAUGAACGCAGUGCCCUCGUUUGGGUGUAGGGUCUGAUCAGAGCCUGAAGGUAAGGAGGUGCCGUUCCCCUCACAGCUCCGUAGGCAAGCACCAUGGUCUUGUAGUAGAUGCGAGCCUCAACUGGAAGCCAGUGGAGUGUGCGGAGGAGCGGGGUGACAUGAGAGAACUUGGGAAGGUCGAACACCAGACGGGCUGCAGCGUUCUGGAUAAGUUGUAGGGGUUUAAUGGCACAGGCAGGGAGCCCAGCCAACAGCGAGGUGCAGUAAUCCAGACGGGAGAUGACAAGUGCCUGGAUUAGUGCCUGUGUAAGGUAGGGUCGUACUCUGCGAAUGUUGUAGAGCAUGAACCUACAGGAUCGGGUCACCGCUUUGAUGUUAGCGGAGAACGACAGGGUGUUGUCCAGGGUCACGCCAAUGUUCUUUGCACUCUGGGAGGAGGACACAAUGGAGUUGUCAACCGUGAUGGCGAGAUCAUGGAGCGGGCAGUCCUUCCCCGGGAGGAAGAGCAGCUCCGUCUUGCCGAGAUUCAACUUGAGGUGGUGAUCCGACAUCCACACUGAUAUGUCUGCCAGACAUGCAAAGAUGCGAUUCGCCACCUGGUUAUCAGAAGGGGGAAAGGAGAAAAUUAAUUGUGUGUGGUCUGCGUAGUAAUGAUAGGAGAGACCAUGUGAGGAUAUGACAGAGCCAAGUGACUUGGUGUAUAGAGAGAAUAGGAGAGGGCCUAGAACUGAGCCCUGGGGGACACCAGUGGUGAGAGCACGUGGUGCGGAGACAGAUUCUCGCCACGCCACCUGGUAGGAGCGACCUGUCAGGUAGGACGCAAUCCAAGAGUGAGCAGCGCCGGAGAUGCCCAACACGGAGAGGGUGGAGAGGAGGAUCUGAUGGUUCACAGUAUCAAAGGCAGCGGAUAGGUCUAGAAGGAUAAGAGCAGAGGAGAGAUUAUUAUUAUUAUUAUUAUUAUUAUAUAGUUAGCUUUAGCAGUGCGGAGAGCCUCCGUGACACAGAGAAGAGCAGUCUCAGUUGAAUUACCAGUCUUGAAACCUGACUGGUUUGGAUCAAGAAGGUCAUUCUGAGAGAGAUAGCAGGAGAGUUGGCUAGAGACGGCACGCUCAAGAGUUUUGGAGAGAAAAGAAAGGAGGGAUACUGGUCUGUAGUUGUUGACAUCGGCGGGAUCGAGUGUAGGUUUUUUGAGGAGGGGUGCAACUCUCGCUCUCUUGAAGACGGAAGGGACAUGGCCAGCGGUCAAGGAUGAGUUGAUGAGCGAGGUGAGGUAAGGGAGAAGAUCUCCGGAAAUGGUCUGGAGAAGAGAGGAGGGGAUAGGGUCAAGCGGGCAGGUUGUUUGGCGGCCGGCCGUCACAAGUCGCAAGAUUUCAUCUGGAGAGAGAGGGGAGAAAGAAGUCAAAGCAUAGGGUAGGGCAGUGUGAGUAGGACAGGGCAAUCGCUCAAACCUUCUCAUUAUUUCCCCCCCUCCCCCAGUCCCCAUUCCCCCGUGGCCCCCUUCUCCCCAGGCCCCCUCCCCCAUGCCCCCUCCCCCCAUGGCCCCCUCUCCCCCUCCAGGCCCCCUCCCCCCGUGGCCCCAUCCCCCCCAGACUCCCUCCCACAGUGCAUAGUGGGUUUGGAGCACUUGUUGUUGCUGUGGGCCCUGAGUCUAAAUGCCCUCCCCACUGCCUCCCCGUGACCAACUCCCCCUUCUCCCCUUCUCUCCCCUGAAGGUGUCUUUAUUAAUGCGGUAGUAGGGAUCUAGAGGAUCAAUGGGAUAUUAUGGGAUAUAGUUCAUUAAAGAAGGAGAGCGCAGAAUGACAGUUAAUUAACCCUCGCAGGCGUAAUAAUUGUAUAAUUCCUGGCUGCCAGGGUUGGGGUGCCACAAGGAGACCCUGUACGGGGCUCUGUAGCUCUAGUGUGUUUUCACCCCCAACCUGAGCCUUGCUCUGCUGGGGCUCCGGCCCCACUGCUGCUCACCCAACCUGCACAUGGAGCUCGGCUGGGGGGCUGCCAUUUGAAUGAUUCUGAAUGUUGCACCUCCCUGAAUACACCCCAGGUCAGAGUUUCACUGUGAUGUGCUGUGCUGUAAAGGGAAUAUGUCUCUGUCAUCGUGCUUCACCCUCCUGUCCUGUAGUACUAGAUAAGCCUGCUGUGAACACUUGAUUUAGAUCUCUCUAUGUCAUAUAAUUAUGGAGUAUCCUACUUCAGAUAAACAAGGCUUGGCAAAUUUGGUUUUUUAAAUGUGGGUUGUUAAAGGCUAUAAAAUCACAGUUAAUGGUAGAAAAUAGUGUAUUUAUCUAAAUAGUUGGGGCGACAGUUUAUCUGACAAACACACAAUGGAUUUGAUUAAAUGGAAUGUGAUUUAAUGGUGGUUAAAAUACUCUAAUCUAUGUUGUUCUCCCUCCUCACAGCUGACCCUCUGGUAGGAAGCAUCGCCACCCAGUACACAACCAACAGACCAGAGCACGACAGGAUAGCCAAACAGUGGACCAAGAGAUACGCCACAUAGACUGACA